GGAACAUAGAAGACAGUUGCGUGGCGCUUGGCGCAGCGAGGACACUUCCUGCCCAGGAGCUUCCACGCCGUCCGACUUUCUGCGGCUGUAUACGGAGUUGCUUCGGUAGCCGGGGAGCUGGAGGGGAACCUGUUUUGAGAUCAAUUCUUGGAGAACACAAAGAAGUGUGGUGGUGUGUUCCAGGAUUGAACCAGCUGCCCUUUGACCCUGCCAACAACAACGAACCCCUGCAGUUUGCUAGUGCCAGUGGCCCUCUGGUCACAGAAGGCCUCAUUGAGAAUGGAGGGGAAUCAAGCAAGAAAAGAAAGAGAACAAAUGCUCCUUCAGGUGAUAAUAGUAGAACUGUGAAUGUGGAUUCCACUGCAAUGACGCUACCUAUGUCUGAUCCAACUGCGUGGGCCACAGCAAUGAAUAAUCUUGGAAUGGCACCACUGGGAAUUGCUGGACAACCAAUUUUACCUGACUUUGAUCCUGCUCUUGGAAUGAUGACCGGAAUUCCACCAAUAACUCCAAUGAUGCCUGGCUUGGGAAUAGUACCUCCUCCAAUUCCACCAGAUAUGCCAGUAGUAAAAGAGAUCAUACACUGUAAAAGCUGCACACUUUUCCCUCCAAAUCCAAAUCUUCCACCUCCUGCAACCCGAGAACGACCACCAGGAUGCAAAACAGUAUUUGUGGGUGGCCUGCCUGAAAAUGGGACAGAGCAGAUCAUCGUGGAAGUGUUUGAACAGUGUGGAGAGAUCAUUGCUAUUCGGAAGAGCAAAAAGAAUUUUUGUCACAUUCGCUUUGCUGAGGAGUACAUGGUGGACAAAGCCCUUUAUCUUUCUGGUUACCGCAUUCGCCUGGGCUCUAGCACUGACAAGAAGGACACAGGCCGCCUCCACGUUGAUUUUGCACAAGCUCGAGAUGAUCUGUAUGAGUGGGAAUGCAAACAGCGUAUGCUAGCAAGGGAGGAGCGCCACCGUAGAAGGAUGGAAGAAGAACGAUUGCGCCCACCAUCCCCACCCCCAGUGGUCCACUAUUCAGAUCAUGAAUGCAGUAUUGUUGCUGAAAAACUAAAAGAUGAUUCCAAAUUCUCAGAAGCCGUGCAGACCUUGCUCACUUGGAUUGAGCGAGGAGAGGUGAACCGUCGCAGUGCCAACAACUUUUACUCCAUGAUCCAAUCGGCCAACAGCCACAUCCGUCGCCUGGUGAAUGAGAAAGUUGCCCAUGAGAAAGACAUGGAGGAAGCAAAGGAGAAGUUCAAGCAGGCCCUUUCUGGAAUUCUCAUUCAGUUUGAGCAGAUAGUUGCUGUGUACCAUUCUGCCUCCAAACAAAAGGCAUGGGACCACUUCACAAAAGCCCAGCGUAAAAACAUCAGCGUCUGGUGCAAACAAGCUGAGGAAAUCCGUAACAUACAUAAUGAUGAAUUAAUGGGAAUCAGGAGAGAAGAAGAAAUGGAGAUGUCUGAUGAUGAAAUAGAAGAAAAAACAGAAACAAAAGAAACUGAGGAAUCAGCCUUAGUAUCACAGGCAGAAGCUCUGAAGGAAGAAAAUGACAGCCUCCGUUGGCAGCUCGAUGCUUAUCGGAAUGAAGUAGAACUACUUAAGCAAGAACAAGGCAAAGCCCACAAAGAAGAUGACCCAAACAAGGAACAACAGUUGAAACUCCUGCAACAAGCCCUGCAAGGAAUGCAACAGCAUCUACUCAAAGUCCAAGAGGAAUACAAAAGGAAAGAUGCUGAACUUGAAAAAAUCAAAGAUGAAAAGUUACAGGUGGAAAAAAUGUUGGAAAAUCUUAAAGAAAAGGAAAACUGUGCUUCUAGACUGUGUGCAUCGAGCCAGGAUAGUGACUACCCUAUUGAGAAGACCCUGAACAGCAGUCCUAUCAAAUCUGAACGUGAAGCACUGCUAGUGGGGAUUAUCUCCACAUUCCUUCAUGUUCACCCAUUUGGAGCAAGCAUUGAAUACAUCUGUUCCUACUUGCACCGUCUAGAUAAUAAGAUCUGCACCAGUGAUGUGGAAUGUCUCAUGAGCAGACUUCAGCAUACCUUCAAGCAAGAAAUGACUGGAGUUGGAGCCAGUCUAGAGAAGAGAUGGAAGUUCUGUGGCUUUGAGGGCUUGAAACUGACCUAAAUUCAUCUACCUAACAACCUGGGAUCCUGAAAAUAAAUGUGUGUUGGACAAGCUUAGAAAGUGAUUUGUAUUUUCAAUGGUUUCCAGUGGAAAUUGCUUUAAAUUUGUUCAUUCAUUCCUGGAAUCUAUUUUGACUUAAAAUAAGGAUCCUAGAGCAGCACCUCAAGCUACAGGCCCUAAAAAGAAAUUUACUCAAACCUCAAGUGCUGUAACUUUCUCCCUUUCUGUCAGUUGUCUUUUUUAUUAGUAGUAUUGUACAAGGCCUGAGGCUAAAGAGUAUUUGGUGUGUUUUCGAUGUCUGUACUACUGUUGUAGACUUCGGUAUUUUUUUAAACACUGUUAACUGAAAUAUUUUGAUGAUUUGUGUGUGGUUUGUGUUUCAAAAGUUCUCUUCACAUUAAUGUUGCUACUGGUGAGAGGAAUGUGAGGAGCACUAGAUACUCCAUAACUGAUGUUGUCUAGUAAGUGAAUAACAUAUCAGUCUUCUAGAAGGUUUUGACCAGGUUCACCUUUUAAAAGACAAAGCAUGAUAUGUGGCUUUUGCAAAUUACUGUCAAACAAAAGUUGACAACUGUUCCAAACUUAUUUUCUCUAAUAUAGCAAGUAAAAAGUUUAUUUCAGAAUUUUCAAAAAAACACAAAUCUCCAUGUAUGUGCAGAAAGCAAGUCUCCAGUAUGACUGGCAUGUGUGUGUGCUAUUUAGAAUCACCCUGUAAAUAGUCUGCUUUUAAAGGAGGGAAUGUUUAGUUUUCUAUAAGUUAAAACACGUGUGUGCAUGUACGCAUGUGCACACACACAUUAGCAAAAGGGAUUUAUUUUAAUAUGUUUUCCCUCUGGCCUUCGUACAGAAUCUGUUGGUCCCUUUUCUUCUGUCAUUGCGUUGAAUUGCAAAGUGUUUACUGCUGUAAAUACUAUGUUUACUUUAUGCUGAAUGUUUUCAAAGAGUUGAUAAGAGUAUUAGUAGAAAACUCUUGGUAAUGAAUGAAUACUGGGCCAGUGUGUGUGAGGCUUCCUGCAAAUAGGUCAGCUCCACCUGAAGUGUCAGGAAUACCUCCAUAUUGCAAUGUCAGUGUGGGUGGACCAGUCAGGAGGUCCUGCUUGGUGGAAGAGAAAGGGGAAAAUAAGGAUUUGGGGCUAAUAUCCUGAGGCAUAGAUGAUCUUUUCUUUUUUGGUAUUGGUGGUGCUUAUAAGAACAUAAGCAUGCCCUCCCUUGAGCUUUGAUUCAAAAUAACUGAAUGUACUAAGUAAGCAAAGCCGAUGAAGAGUAUUUCAGGAAAAUACUUUGUAAAUGAGAUGUCAGUAGUGUUCAAAGUUGUAUUUUUGAAAGAUAAAUAUUCAUUUUUUAUAACUCA